AUGAACAGCGAAGUUGAGGAGAAACUUCUUCACAAUGCUCGAAAUGGAAACCUGGAGGCGGUCCAGAAACUGCUCGAAAACUUUAGAAAAGGAGAAAUUGUGGUUAAUAUUGACUGCAAAGGGAAAAGUAAGUCUAAUUUGGGAUGGACGCCUCUUCAUCUUGCAUGUUAUUUCGGACAUAAAGAUGUGGUAGAAGAUUUACUGAAGGCAGGAGCUGACAUUGGUGUUCUGAAUGAUAUGGGGGACACUCCUUUACACCGAGCUGCCUUUACUGGACGUAAGGAAAUUGUGAUGUUAUUAUUAGAAUCCAAUGCAGACACUACAGUGAUAAACGGCGAGGGACAAACAGCUGCUAAUGUAGCACAGGACAAGGAGGUCAAGGUCAUGUUAGAAGCUGCACAACGAACUCAGGAAAGAAAAUUGGAGGAAAUCCUUCUGAAUGCUGCAAGAGAGGGUGACAUUGCAACAAUAUCAGAGCUGCUAAACAGAGCAAAACCACCUGAUAUUAACUGCACUGACCAGAUGGGCAACACCCCGUUGCAUUGUGCUGUGUAUCGGGGAAUGAAGAAGUGUGCCUUAAUACUUGUAAAAAGCGGCGCAAAUGUUAAUAUCAAGAAUAAGAAUAACCAAAAACCAAAAGACCUUGCUCAACAUAUUGAAAUAAAGCAGGCCUUACAAACCAAGGCUGGAAAGUAUGUGGCUAAAAACCUCCAGCGAUUUGAAGGUCCACUAUGCAAGAGUUCACGUUUUUUUGGCUGGAAGCUCUUUUGGGUGGUCUUGGAGCAUGGUGUCAUUUCUUGGUACCAAAAACCGUCAGAUGCGCUUAACAGUGCUUAUCGGAAAGGUUGUAAACACUUGACACAAGCCAUCUGCACGGGUAAAUCCACAGAUACUUCGUCUUUUACUGUAAAAUGCUUUGAUGAUAGCAUUCAUCACUUCAAAGUCUUGCCCAAAAACCUGAGGCAUACAAGAGAGGACUGGCUGGCUGCUAUUGAGGAACACUCUGCUUAUAGCACUCAUUACUGCUCAUCAGAUCAGCUCAGUGAUGAAGAAGAUGAAGACAUUGUGUUAGUUGAAGACAUAAAGGAGUCACUAGAGAAUGCUCAGCUUUGUCAUCGGCAUCUCGGCGAGGAAAUAUCCACAUUUCUCACUGCCUUGAAGAACUGGGAGGACUCCAAAGAUGUUGACCCCGAUGUUCUGCAGCAAGUCAAGAAAGUAUCUGAUGCAUCCCAGGAAACAUGCACAGCUUUGACCAACUGUCUUCAUCUCUUUACCAAACAUGAUACGGUGAGAAAUCUGAAACUAGAACACGAGCAAGAGAAAAAUAAGAUCUUAUCAGAGGCUUUACAGACGUUGGCUACUGAACACCACGAAUUAGAACAGUCUCUUGUUAAAGGAACACCUCCACACCACAGUAUUCUCAGCGAGGAUGAAUUCUAUGAUGCUGUCUCAGAUUCAGAGUCUGAUCAUUCCUUGAGUGGAUUUGAGACAGUUGGAAAUUCUUCUGCAGAACAGAGUUUGGAUUUAAGCUUCAGCUGUAAUAAGGGCAGCAUGUCUGAUGACAAAAAGCCCAGUGGAGCAGAGGCCACAUCAAAUGGCAAAAAACACCGAACAAGUCUGCCAUCACCGAUGUUUUCCAGAAAUGAUUUUAGUAUUUGGAGUAUUUUAAGAAAAUGCAUUGGAAUGGAAUUAUCAAAAAUCACAAUGCCUGUUAUAUUCAAUGAGCCGCUGAGCUUUCUACAACGCCUCUCUGAAUACAUGGAGCACACAUACCUCAUUCACAAAGCAAACCACUGCUCUGACCCUGUGGACCGAAUGCAGUGUGUUGCUGCCUUUGCAGUUUCGGCAGUUGCGUCACAAUGGGAACGCACAGGGAAACCUUUCAAUCCUCUCCUCGGGGAAACUUACGAGUUAGUACGUGAGGAUCUUGGCUUUAGACUCAUUUCUGAACAAGUCAGCCACCACCCACCAAUUAGCGCUUUCCAUGCUGAAGGUCUUAACAGUGACUUUGUUUUUCAUGGGUCAAUUUACCCUAAACUCAAGUUCUGGGGCAAGAGUGUAGAAGCUGAACCCAAAGGAAUAAUGACCUUGGAACUUCCAAAGCACAAUGAAUCCUAUACCUGGACAAACCCAACUUGCUGUGUGCAUAAUAUCAUUGUUGGCAAACUGUGGAUUGAACAGUAUGGUAAUAUGGAAAUCACUAAUCACAAAACCGGUGAGAAGUGUAUUUUGAAUUUUAAACCAUGCGGUCUAUUUGGGAAAGAAUUGCACAAAGUGGAAGGAUACAUCCAAGAUAAAAGUAAAAAGAAGCUGUGCUCUCUCUAUGGAAAGUGGACAGAGUGUUUCUGUUGUAUUAAUCCGGCUGCAUUUGACGCGUUUAAAAAAACCAACAAGAAAAAUUGUGAAGAAAAGAAGAAUUUGAGCAAGGAGAACUAUGGGUCGGGAAGCACAGAGGAGCCUGAUGAAAUGCCACUACCUGAUUCUGAGAGUGUACAGGUUAUUCCAGGGAGCACAGUGCUGUGGCGAAUAGCACCUCGACCCUCCAACUCUGUGCAGAUGUACAACUUCACUCUCUUCGCUAUGGCCUUGAAUGAGUUGGAAAAGGGAAUGGAAAGCAUCAUUCCUAAGACAGACUGCAGACUACGGCCUGAUAUUAAGGCAAUGGAAAAUGGAGAUAUAGACACUGCAAGUGAGGAAAAGAAGAGGCUAGAAGAGAAGCAGAGAGCAGCACGUAAGAAUCGUUCCAAGUCUGAUGAAGAUUGGAAUACCAAGUGGUUCUACCAAGGUCCAAAUCCACACAACAACGCACAGGACUGGCUUUAUUGUGGAAAGUACUGGGACAGGAACUAUUCAAGCCUCCCUGACAUAUAUUAAAUAUGGCACUCUGACAGGAGGGGUCAUUUACAACUGUCACAUGUAGACCUGUGUGUUCUGAUGUCAUGAAAAUUGCACCUUCUCAACCCCCUAGCACUUACAGUUCUACUGGCUUAGUUGCCUUCUGCAAAGAAUGAAGCAUCUUCUCAAUUCUAAAAGUGGCCACCAGUAGGAAAUUUAGAGGUGGACUGGUGCCGAAAGCCAUAAGGCUCACUUGUUAGCAUCUGAAGUUUUAGCUGAAGCAGAAAUUCUGAUAAUACCGUUUUCAUAAGCGUGAAGAAUGUUUCUUGAAUAUUGAAUGUCCGGUUAUUCUCCCAGGUGAUUCAGGCAGCCAUGGGCAUGUCUGUGGAAUGGGAGAUAUAAGCACAAUGGGUUAUAGAGUUUUAUGUGAAUAAAGGAUUUUAUUUCCAUUACUCAGCAGCACGACCUAUGGAUAUAAUUCCUCAGGGGGGGUAUAUAUGCCCAGUGUGGGGGGUUUGCUUUAAUCCAGGCCAGAAUUCGAAUCUGUGUGUAUUGUGUAUACAUCUGAGCCUUGUCCAUGUCUUACUCUAUAAAUACUACUGAAUGUUGGGGUUUCCAGCUAUUUUAUCUUGUCUUUGUCUUGAUGUUGUUCAUCUGUGUAAUAAAGUACUGGAUAUAAAAUGUACUUGAAACAUACACCACUGAUAGGAAAUUUACACAUGUACAGAACAUUUUACUCCCCAUGGUAGAUAUUACAUGACCUUGUGCACUACUAGUGGAAUUAAGACAUUCUAGACAGACCAAAGACCAAAGAAUGGUGCUGUGAUCUUCACA